GAGGGGAGAGGAUGCACUUCCGUCACCGAGAUCCGUGAUCCAAUUAACGCCACAAACACUAAAAUAUAUGCGUCAACUGCAGAUGGCGAUCCUAAUUCUCACGUCUUCAUCCUUAUGUUACUACGUUUCGA